AUGUGGAAGGUGCGCAUCCUGCCCUUCAGUCCCGAUCGCCACCGAAUACCGACAGGGGACACUGUAAUGGCGCUCAAGACUGCGAUCUUGUUCACCUUCUUGGGCGUUGUUGCCCAGGUCCUGGCCCAUGGAAACCAUCAAACUCCAGGCUUCACGUAUCUGGGCUGCUUUAAGGUCGAUCUAGCGGCCUUCACCAAUCCCAUGGUGUUCUCCGACGGGGCCCUGACCCCAGAGGCUUGCCAGCAAGCUUGCCGAGGCUAUCAGCUUGCCGCCGUGUUUCAAGAGUAG